GUUCGAUAUUUGUAUACUUCUGGCCAUCCCUAGUGCCGAUGACAAACAUUUUUGUGAGAAGAUUGGGAGCAAAGUAAAAUUCCUUUUCAAAAUGAUUAUUACCGUAAAAAAUCUACAACAGCAAACGUUCACAAUUGAAUUUGAUGCAGAAAAGACGGUCUUGGAACUUAAAAAACGCAUUUUCAACGAACGUGGAUCAGAAUACAUAGUGGAAAAGCAGAAAUUGAUUUAUGCUGGCGUCAUAUUAACAGAUGAUCGAACAAUUAGUUCAUACAAAGUGGAUGAGAAGAAGUUUAUAGUGGUGAUGCUAACUCGAGACAUUAGUGGAAGCAGCAGCAACACAGCGAUAACAACAAACCCAGUCGGACAGCAGCAACAACAACUGCGGGAACUAUCGAAAGAGACAGCAGUGAAAUCAUCGUUAUCAUCAUCGCAUGGAGAUGAGACACAGUCGGAAUCGGAAAAGAAGACAGCGGACAAAGCGCAUGGAACUUCAGCCGAAAUGGCAGCAGCAACAACAACUGACAAAAGGACAAAUGAAGAUAGUUCGAUAGUAUCGCCUCCAUUGGUUGCAGCUCCAACUACCGAUUAUUCAAGCAUCGAUUUAGUUGGCGAACUGGCAAAUGCAUCAUUACAGAAUCGUGCCGAAUCGAAUUUACUGAUGGGCGAGGAAUACAAUCGUACGGUUGCCUCAAUGGUGGAAAUGGGCUAUCCUCGGGAUCAGGUUGAACGCGCUAUGGCAGCCAGCUUUAACAAUCCGGAACGCGCUGUGGAAUAUUUGAUAACCGGGAUUCCCCAGGACAGCAAUCUCUUUAACGCAGCCGGCGAUGAAGAGGACCAAUCACGGGCAUCCAAUUUGCGUCCGGAAUCUCUGAGCGAUCUGCAAACAGAGUCGACAGCUGACCCAUUCGAGUUCUUACGCAGUCAACCUCAGUUUCUACAAAUGCGCUCUCUGAUAUAUCAGAAUCCGCAUCUUUUACAUGCUGUUCUACAACAGAUUGGGCAAACAAAUCCAGCACUUUUGCAGUUAAUUUCGGAGAAUCAGGAUGCUUUUUUGAAUAUGCUAAACCAACCACUUGAAGGUGAAGUAGGAGACAAUGGUCAGAGAACUGGACGUACACAAUCAAGUUCCAGGCGAACUGAAACCUUGGCAUCGUUAGGUCUCCAGGACGAGUCUGCGACUGCGUCCGUGGCAGAGGGACAGCGGUCUGUUGCUGGAGCUGAGCUAAAUCAGCCUGUAAACCUUGCCUCGUCUGAUGAUGUUGCUAGUACAAUUGGCAGGGAUAUUACUGUACCACAGUCGGAAAAUAUGGCAACAAUUCGCCUGACACCGCAAGAUCAAGACGCCAUUGAACGGCUUAAGGCUCUUGGAUUUUCGGAAGCCCUCGUCCUGCAAGCAUAUUUUGCGUGUGAGAAGAAUGAACAACUAGCUGCAAAUUUCCUGCUUUCCUCUACUUUCGAUGAUUAAUUCAGUCAAAUUCUGACUUGAUGCACAUAUGCAUGCCCAUAUAAAACAAAAAUGUUGCAAAUAAAACAAGAGGUUACUGAAUAACCAAA